UCAUAUAGAAUAUCCUAAGAAGACUACUGCAAUCUGCAAAGCCCUCAUUUUUGUCUCCAUCAUCAGUACAAAUAUAUUCCACAAAGAGAUCGCGAUGGGGAGAGGAAAGAUAAUGAUAAGAAGGAUCGACAAUUCAACGAGCAGGCAAGUGACAUUCUCGAAGAGGAGGAACGGAUUGUUGAAGAAGGCCAAGGAGCUAGCAAUCCUAUGUGAUGCGGAGGUUGGUGUUAUCAUCUUCUCCAGUACUAGCAAGCUCCAUGAAUAUUCAAACACCAGCAUGAAAUCGGUGAUUGAAAGAUACAACAAAGGAAAAGAAGAGACUCAUAAAUUGGGUGAUCCAUGUUCCGAGGUCAAGUUUUGGCAAAGGGAAGCUGCACUGCUGAGACAACAACUAGAGAACUUGCAAGAGAAUCAUCGAAAAAUAAUGGGUGAAGAGCUAUCUGGACUGAAUGUCAAAGAUUUACAGAACUUGGAGAAGCAACUAGAAAUGAGUCUUCGAGGUGUCCGUAAGAAAAAGGACCAAGUUCUGAUUGACGAGGUACAAGAACUAAACCGAAAGGGAAAUUUCAGCCAUCAAGAAAACAUGGAACUUUAUAAGAAGCUAGACCUAGUUCGUCAAGAAAAUACGGAAUUGUAUAAGAAGGUCUAUGGAACUAAAGAAGCAAAUGCAGUGAGCAGAAAUGCCAUGAGUUCAAACAGUUUAAGCGUCAAUGAGGACCUUCAUGCACCUGUUCAUCUCCAGCUAAGCCAGCCACAGCAACAACACUAUGAAACACCAGGAACUACAAAAUUGGGGCUAUCGCUGCAUUAGUGGAGAAGAUGCAGACUGUGCCCUUAAGCUCUCUUCUGGAUCAAGCGCUCCACGUUCACGAAUAUAUGUUUAAAUUAUUAUUGAUCGGUCUAGAACCAGUGGAUGUCAGGGAAAAAUGGUUAAUUGACCUGGUCAAUGCUAGAAAGUUUGUAUGUAUCAGGUAUCUACACUACAGAACAGCCACCCAAAUCAAGAUAACUAUGAAUAAAGAAAAUAAUAGCACAUUUAAUGUUCUUAAACUGUCUUGAUAGUUAUGAAAGCACUUAAUCUGACAGAUUAAAACUAAAUAUAAUAGUACAUAGU